AUGCGUGGCAUUUUCGCCCACCUCCACAACGUGCUAUACCCUGGUGAAGACAUCACCCAGGUUGCUGAUCGGGCAAAGCUGGGCGGCGAGACACUUAAAACUCUGGCAGACAAGUGGGAGAAACCUGUUCUCACGGACCUGGCUACACUUCAGAAGGUGAAGGACCUGGAGUGUGAGGUGAAGGACCUGGAGCAAGAGCACCGGCAGGCUCCUGGCCUCUCAAUAGAUGCAUGUCUGUCACAACGCAAGCCAACACAAUCCAGGAAGAGUGGAAUGGGCGCGCACCCCUUCCAGCACCGCACGGCAUGUAAAUGCGGUAUGGAGACCACUGAAGGGACCUGCCGCGGGACAGGAACCACCGUGACGGCAUGA